AUGAGUUGUAUUUUCUCAGAAACUGAUCCGUUACUUCGAAGCGGUGAGGGGGAGGCUAUGGGGAUCAAGUCAACGCCUGAAGAAGAGCAUGGAUAUUGCCAAAGGACCAUGGGUUGUCCCUGCCCCGCCAUAGCAGCCAUGAUCAACCAUUCAUAUCUGAAGCCGCACGACGACGAGGACCCGCUCCCCUUUUUCCAGCUCGUGAAGGCGUUGCGCACUUGCUACAAUCUCAGCUUUCCGUUCGCUUUUCUAUUCGUCCUGGCCGCAAACUUGCGCCUGGGCACCAUACGCAGCGGAGGCUUUGCCCUCAAACAUCUCAAAAAACAUGGGGUGAUCGAGCAUGAUGCUAGCAUCACCAGAUAUAAUGCAAGCGAGGGCGACUCCCUCAACCCACAGUGCGAGUUGGUAGACAAGUUCAUUGAUGGGAUCUACUAUCCACCAGGGCAGGAUUCGGCGGAGAAUAUGAUUACCUUGGAGGACUUUGCGAAGAAGAGAGUGGAGCUGGAAGACAGACUGACCACUUUUCUUCCCCAGCAACCGAAGUUCAGGAUCCAUCUGUUAGGAAUAGGAGAAGCGGCGCUAGCUCUCCAGGCAUUUGCGGACAAAAGUUCGCCCUUGUAUGCCCGAGAGAUAUGUGCAAGAGCUGACUGGCUCAGGAUAUGGUAUAAAGAGGAACGGUUCCCCCUCGAAUUGGGCUGGGAAAAUCGCCGGCAUGGAUAUAAGAUUACCUUGUUUGGAUUGAUCAGGACCGUCAGGAAACUGAUUAAAGCAACAAAAGCAAUUGAGGAUAAAAUGUAA